UGCGCUAGCUCCGCCGCUAGUCACCUUUUACCAGCGGAGAGGGAAGCAACCAUACCAUGGAAGCGACAUUGGGGGGGAUUUAAAGAAUAAUAAUUCUGGAGACAACGUCAAAGAAUAGAAGUGGUACACCAUGGUCUGCGAGGAACUGUAACUAUCAACUGCAUUUGGAAUAAACUAAACGUGUAAGGAAAUGGUCGGGAGUGCGCGGAAGUUUGUGUUUACUGAUGUUUUAGGAGCUAACUUAGCUGGUUGGCCCUGUUAGCUUGUUAGCGAGGAAGGUGCGCGCUGUUUGGACUGCUGGACAUUUACAACUAGACCAACUUAAAAGGGAAAUGCUGGUUAUAUCCUAACAUUUCAAAAAGCGGUUUGGAAGAUCUUGCGGCGGCUUGCUGAUUUGGCAAACUCAGGUAGCUAGUGCGGGCCAAAAGCUUUGAAUUUUGUGGGGUCGUGUCACAACACAAACAGCACUGAUACCUGAAGAGAGAAAACGCAUUUUAAGUCACCAUCUUACAGGUAAUAGGUCAGCUCAGCGCUAUAUCGACCAUCCUCUCGUUACCGUGUAAGCUGCUACGGAUGACCCAUAGGUUUGCAACCCGUCUUCCUCAUCGGACCUAGUUAAUCGUCUUCGUCCGUGAUGGGCCCCCUGUUCAGCUAGUACGACGCGUGGAUACAAUCUGCAGCCCAUUAACCAUGGGAGGAUGUGUGGGGAGAUACUGGCAAGGCUGGGAGGACACACAGAGCCGAGGCUCGUCCAGGAACGGUGGACGAGGAGGACGUAACGAGCCUCUAAAGAAAGAUCGUCCCAAGUGGAAGAGCGACUAUCCGAUGACCGAGGGCCAACUACGGAGCAAGCGGGACGAGUUCUGGGACACAGCGCCAGCCUUUGAGGGCCGGAAGGAGAUCUGGGAUGCCCUGAAAGCUGCGGCCGUGGCCUUGGAGUUUAACGACCACGAGCUGGCCCAGGCUAUAGUGGACGGAGCCAGUAUUACACUGCCACAUGGUACUCUCGCUGAGUGUUACGACGAACUGGGGAACCGCUACCAGCUGCCGGUCUACUGCCUGGCUCCACCCAUCAACCUCAUCUCAGAGCGCAGCGACGACGACCCCAGCGAUAGCCCCGAACCCCCUGUAGCACCCAAGAAGGAGUUCCAGCUCAAGGUACGACUGUCCACGGGCACGGACCUGCGCCUCAGCGCCAGCAUGGGGGACACCAUAGGGCUACUGAAGAAGCAGCUGCAGGCCCAGGAGGACAUCGACGGCGCCCACCAGCGCUGGUUCUUCUCCGGGAAGCUGCUCACGGACAAGACGCGGCUGCAGGACACCAAGAUCCAGAAGGACUUUGUCAUCCAGGUCAUCGUCAACCCGCAGGCUCUCCGAGCCCCAAAGCAGUCAACCACCGCCUCUCCUGCGCCUGAAUUACCUGAGGACCCAGAGGAUAGAUAGAUAGAUGGAUGGAUGGAUGGAUGGAUGGAUGGAUGGAGGGUAGUGAGGUGGGUGGCAGACACUUAAAGGUCCUUUUUUUCUGGAUAACUUACGCUUUCUGAGAACAGUUUCUGUUAUUGAAAUAAAAUCGUACUGUGGAGGUACAACACUACUUUUGUAGCGUUAAAAAAAAAAAAAAAUAAUAAUAAUGAGGGAGAAACUCAAAAGUGCUGCUUUCUUUCACCUACUACGUGUCAUUGUAUCACUCUCGGGGUCUGCUGGCUUGUUCUUUUAAGGGAAUCCAUUCACCACACCCCAACUCUGAAGAUCCUCGUCCCCUUAUCUCCAAGUAAAAACAGAACUUGUCAACCACAGACAAUGUGCACAUCCUGCUGCUGCCUCUGCCCCUUUUUUUUUGUAAUCUGCACUAACACUAACUAAGUGCCAAUGGAAGAAGAAAUGCAGAGGUGUUUUGGGUUGGUUCUAAAGCACAUUUCUACUGUGACGCACACGGACUCUGCACCGCAAUCCUCUUUCUCCUCCACAGAAAGAGGAGGGGGGAGGCAGAGAGUGAGAUACGGAACAUUUUUGUUUUUUUUCUCUUUUCUCUCCCACCCACAUUCUUUCUCUUUAUCGAGGAAAUAAUGUAAACUGAGCUUUUUUUGCACAUUUGAAGAUUAUUACUAUACUUUUUGUGGUAGUUUGUGUGCCUUCUACAAGAUGAAACAAAAAGGGUUUAAUGUCUUGCAGACGCUAGUUGUACCGCAAGGCUAAGCCUUCUGUAUUUUUUUAGAUUCAGGAACUCUUACAUCGAUCCAAGCUAUGACUGCUGCCUUUUUCUUUUUUUUCUUUUUUAAAAUGAUGAUUUCAUGAAUCUUGCGGACAAAUUGUGUGUGUGUGUGUGUGUGUGUGUGUGUGUGUGUGUGUGUGUGUGUGUGUGUGUGUGUGUGUGUGUGUGUGUGUGUGUGUGUGUGUGUGUGUGUGUGUGUGAGAAAUUAUGUAUUUGGCCCAUAUAAUUUCACUUUAAACGUAGCUCACAGAGACGAGACUGUUUUUCUGGUCAUAUAAAGUAUCGAAAAAGAGAAAUUCCUCAUGCCCAAAUUAUUGUCUUAAAAGCUGCAUUAUUGACCACUUUAUAACCACCCCAGACCACUAGGGGGCAGCAACACAGCCAUGAUGUAGUCGGUUCAGUUGCUCAGACCUUGUUGUCCCUUUGUUUUCACCACCUGAUGAAUGUAAAUCCAGUAUUCAUUCGCCUUUUUAUGCUCGAUGUGGUCCAAUAACUUAAAAAAAAAAAAAAAAACUGUCACAUUUGUUCGCUUGAUGUUUGACUUUCUUCACCAGCAUUCAGACUGCUUGUGUGAGCUUGUUUGCCACAAAUGGCUGCCUGUCGUUUCAUAUGUGCGAUUAAGAGCCAUUAUGAGUCUAUAUGGAGCGGUGAACCAAAACGAUGAGCUGAGGGCCGCAAAGAACUGUCGAAUUAGAUGUCGAUUCUCAUUGGACCUCUUUACAGGAAGUCAUUUGUUUUGGUGUUAACAUCAAACAAUUGUUUAAAGGGACACGGAUUUGGAAUAAUUUUUAAAAGUAAGCCAUUUUCUCAUAUGAACUCCGGUUAAUGUCCACCGAAUUAGGCGCAGACAAUGUCCAAAGUUGCCAUUUCACACAUUGUUGCGCACAACAGCAGAUUGUCGCGUCAUGCGUUUCCGCUUACUGGCAAUAACUCUGUUUGGUUUAGACGAGGGGUGGUGCCUAGGUAAAGUGCGCAGCCGACAGGACAUGAAUAGGAUUACGCCACAGGGACACGUAGCCGAUUCAUAAUUGGGUCGUAAAACGACGGAGCCUCUUGCCGUCCCCUGAAUUUGUCUGAUGACAAAGGAUUCGUCCCUAACACACACCAGCUGAACCUUUUAUUUUCCCUGUAGGAGGUUUCUUUUCUUCCAGUUUUGCGCAAGCCCCAUGAUAGAAAUGUCAUUAACACUGCCACUCGCCGGAGUGGAGAUUGGACAUUACACAGACUUUGUGCGAGGGGAGCUGGCAAUGUAAAGUUGGUUCAACGUCCGGUCCAACUGAUUCUGACAUUUGCGUUCUCGCGUCCGGCUCCUCCGGGUAAUUUUUAGUUAAGUGACUUCUCCAGGUAGGGAAGUGGGGGCAUGUAAAAUUGCCUAGAUACAAGAAUAAUCUCGUACGGAACCGGUCAAGAAACAUUCAGUCUUUGAACAAGCCAUUUAGCCUGUUUCUCAGGUUGACGCACGACCUGCCUUUUAGACUGUGUAUAUAGAAGUACAGCUGCGGUGACUGACCAUUGUUGCACAGUUGUUUGAGUUGUUCCACCAGGUUUGUCACCAACCACAGUGAAACGCGUCAGCCACAAAAAUUGCCUUGAAUUUAUGCUGCUAAGUUCCCAUUAGGCCUGACCGUGUGCGUGGUAAAACACUGUGGCUACAUUCACGCUGCAGCUCAGAUAUUUCCCUUUCAAAUGUGACCCAUCCCAUUUUUGUCUAAGCACUGUGAAUAUCAAUCCCAGCUGCAUUUAGUUUCUUGCUCCCAUGGAUCAUAUGUAAGUAAUCCUAGCACGCCAUUUAUCUGAACUCUGAAAUCACAAUGAUUUCAGUUAUAUGCUAGACUACAUGGCAGCUUUUCUGAGCAGUGUGUUGGCACAUAAAGCAACAUGACACCGAUCACAAUUCUUUUUUUGGGGGGUGGGGUGGGGUUUGACAUAUCCGGAUAUACAAUUCAAGUGUACACGGGAUACAGUUCCGUUUGAACUUGGCUCGCAGGACUGAACGAAAGUAACCUGAUAGGACAGAGUGUGAUCGGUUCCAUUCAGGCUCUUUGGUAGCAUGAAUGUUCCAGCUUAAAUUUUUCAUCUUGAAUUUUGGUGUCUGAAUUUAUCCAACUUGAGCAACUAGACUUUUUGACCUGAAUAUUUUAGACCUGCAAAAUGAAGAAUUUGAGAAACUUUAAUAAUUUUUUUUUCUUCAAAAGGGGCUGUACUAAAAUAACAGUAAACAAACAUUUUCUAUGGAAAGAAAUAGUUCAGUAAUGGCGUGUGCGUGUGUGCAUGCGUGUGUUGUAAUCCGUGCUUCUCUGUUCUUUGUUUUGGUAGCCGGUCCCUAUUUGGCGAGUCGGGGGAACAGUCUGCGAGAACCGUGUGGAAGCAGCCAUUUUUUUUCUUCUUCUGAAUACUGAGUACAGCCUCCCUAAAUAUUGGACACUUGAAUUUUAUAUUGGUUUGUGAAUCUUACUCAAAACAAAAGCAAAUAUAUAAGGGCACCCCGGAGAACGCAAACGUGUUUUUUCGCGUGAAUUUUCGGGAACUACUUUUCACCUAUCAUUCCGACACCACGUGUCCAUCCAUUUGCGUUAUAUGCUCUGUGAUUCGGGUCCGCUACAAAACGUAAUUGGAGCUUCCUUGGUCCGCGCGACACCCUUCCAACAAGUUUCAUGGAAAUCCGGCCAAGUAUAGUGUUUUUUUUAAAUCGGAAUCCUCCUUGACAAAAACGGACAAGCAAACUGAAAACACGACCUCGUUGGCGGAGGACUUUUUUGAAAUUGCACAACCUACUAGAAAUUUCAAAGAGGAUAAUUCAAACCACGUGUAUUCCCAACGGGUAAAGCAGCAAAGAUGCGAAAGUCCCUACUCGGCUUCUUGGCCUGACUGUCACUUCCAGGUCAUGUUGGUGUCAAUUUGGGUUACAUCCCAGAAUAGAUAUUCAGGCCAAGUAAGGGUUAAGAAUCUUUUCAUUCACUGCUCCUGUCUUAGAGAGAAUGAAAUAAAAACCAUCAGAGUGGAACCUAACCGAGCCACGGCUCACCCCAUCAAUGAAAAUGUUUAAAUAAAAACAUUUGUUUGGGGUCUCUUUUCUAUCCAGUUUCAGCCUUGAAGCUAAUCACAAUCAACCUUUUCAUUUGCUUUCCUUUUACAAAUGUUUUUUUUUUUCCCUGGGAAUAUUUCCUAAUCUAAUUGUAUGCAAACUUGACUAAGCAUUUUUUUCCUCUGUAUGUGCAAUACAAUAGACAUAGACCUCAUAUCUUUUUUUUUUUUUUUUUUUUUUUUUUUUUUCAGACUCUACAGAUUUCAUAGAGCACCAGUUUACGAGUAUUGUUAAAAAAAGGUCAAUCUGCAGGUGCGAGCCUGCUGUAAUCUGACGCCUGUGUCAGAUAAUCCAAUGCCUCUGUCAAAAAUGGUCACGUUUGUCACUUUUGAAAUGUAUAUCCAAGCUGUCGUCUUCAGAUUGGCUCUCAUAGUUCACAGAGUAAAUAUCUAAACAUUAAAAAUAAAAAAUAAGAUUUUCCUCUCCCUGUGUCCAUUUUGCAAGCUGCCCUGCACGUCUCGGCUGUGAAAGGUAUCAUCGAGCUGCUGUGGGGGGGUGCAAGCUCCGUUGACAACUUCAUCGAUAGUGCCUCGUGUUACAGUGUCCUUGCUGGAUUGAGCUGGACGUUUGUCCUCAUUAUAGCGCUGUCUGUCCCUACGCUUGCUCUGAGUUUCAACUCCUUUUCCAACUAUACGCUACAACAUGUGACACAUUACGAGAAUGUAAACGGGCUCAAGGUGUCCCUUAGUUUGCCACUUUCACAGAACUCCAGAAGGAAUCCUCUCAUUGAGGGUUGUAUUUUUCCAAAACCAAUCCCUUUUUACCACCAGCAAUUCCAUACUGUAUGCCACUCCAUAUUGAGAGAGCGAAAGAGAGAUUUAUAGGGGGAAGGGCAUACAAACGCUCAAUAAUGUGCGUUUCCCUUUUAAUGUGUUAUUAAAUAGAUGAGAUGUCUCCACCGUGAACAGUCAGCUUAAGAAAACCGUAGCAAAUGAUGAUCAAAAUAUCGCAAGUAGCCAGCUGGAACUCAAAGUACUUUCUCACUUGUGAAAAGAGCAUUAAGGGCUACAGUGCUGCUUUUAACAUAGCACAUCUAAGAUGGUAGUUUCUUAUCUAUUCAUUUGCGAGCCUUCUAAGCUAAGGAUACACCAUAGCACUUGUGUGUUGAUUUAGCUUGCCUAAAGCUAUGAAUUGCACUACAGUGUGUCUCUAGCAGUUAAAGUUAAAGUUUAAGCCCAGUGCCUGGCACAGCCUGCAAGUUCCGCCUCUUAUUGUAGUAAAGACUAAAAGGGAAAAUUGUGAAGAUUCACAAGAAGUUUAGCACCCACAUUCUUUUUUUUCGGGAGUAGUGGCUAGGAAAGGUUGUAAAAAUUGUGCUCAAGGCUACUUUUUUAAAAUUUCAGGCAUUUGGAGGAGACAAUCUAUGAAAAACAAAGCACCUCAAAGAGUUUGACAAAAAUAAAUAAAAAAAUAAAAAACUCAAAGUCCACAAACUAGCUUUUUGCAGAGCUUCUGCUCAUUUCCCUGCAUCUUCCUCAAUGGAUGCAGUUUGCUUAUUUCUCCCAUUCAGUUUUGGUGUUCUAGUGUUUUCCAGUCAGGAGCAAUGCAAACCGACACCAAUCAAAAUUACACACUUUGUCCUGCCCUCAUUAGAAUGUUUGCACAUGUCUACACUUCUGAACACAUGUAAGACUUGACUUUUUGUAAUGUUACACACGGGUGGAAGCGACUUGCGUUCGAAGUCGGUUAUUACGCUGGUGAUAAAAGCCAUAAUAGGCCGGGGAUAUUUAUUUUAUACUUACGUGACAACCAGUACCACUCCAUACAUCCCUGCUCUUCUCCAAGAACUCAUUUUCCCAGAGGGUAUUGCAGUUAAAUAAAGCUUUCACACAGAAAACAAGCCAUAGAGCGCUCACUAAAGAGAAAUCUCAAACAUUGUUUUUCAAAAUGUCCAUUCAAAUGUGUCUGUAUAUUGGUUGUGACAUGGAGAUUCCUCGGUGAUUAAUGACACCAACAAUUUAUUGUACACUCGGUGUGUUCAUUUGUACGCUGAUUUUGUUUUCAAUCAUCUUUUUAAACUGUUGAAUAAAAUUGAGUGUGAAAAACGGA